GGGAGGCCUAAAAUCAUAGAUAGAUACAAAGAUUAAACCUGGCUUGAAACGUGAUAGAUCCCGUAAAUACUAUGACGAAGUUGUUGGUGGGGCUCGUGUACAUCAACCCUCGUUCAGUUGACAGGUAGGGCAGGUGGAGACACAAGAAAUGACAGACGCUGGAAUCUGGAGCCAUAAUCUAUCGGAGGAACUCAGGCGAUGGAACAGAAUCUGUAGGGUGAAAGGAAUUUAUCAACAUUCUGGAUGGAAGCCCUGCAUCAAGACUCUUUGUAAGAGUGAAAUGCCAAGCCAACCAACCAUAUUUGCAACAAGUGCAAUGCAGUUAUUGGAGAAAAGACGAGAAUUGGCUGAAGUAGAAGCGGAUCUUGCAAACGAAAAAGAGGAGUUCCAAGUGAAAUGCAAAAUCUUGAAGCAGAGAAGAGAGGACCUAAUGAAGAAAGAAGAGGAGCUGAAACAGUCCAUACAGAAAUUUGACAAAUUCUUAAAGGAGAAUGACGCCAAAAAAAUUAGAGCUAAGAAUAAACGAGUUACUGAAACCGAACUAAUAAAACAAAAAGACAAAGAUAUUCUGAAACUACAAUACGAACAGGAUUCGCUGAUCAGGAAGAGAGAAGACCUAAAGAAGAAAGUGGAGGCUUACGCCAUUUAUCCAAAAUAUUUGGAGAAAGUAAUAAAAGUAUCAAGUGAGUUUCAGAAUAUCCAGAUGGUGAAUCAUCGUUUUGAGGCUUUGUUUCAUGCAUAUGAUACGCUCUUCCAAAAAUACCAGGGAAACCAAGAAAUCAUGAAGACAAUUAAGACGGAUCUUAAUAACUUAAUAACAGAGAAAAGCAAUGAAAAUAUGAAAUACCAGAAUAAGCUGGCAGCGCUGAAAAUUUCUCUGGAAACAGCCAAGUCUAAAACCUUAAAAUGGGAAUCCACAUGGGUACAUAUCCAAAAUACAGCAGCAAAAAGAACGCUUGACUUGGGCAUGAUAAAAAUGGCCAUUUUUAACCUUUAUGCACAUGUAAAGAACACAGACAUGGAUAUUGAUGCUGUUACAGAAGACACAGAUGCACAGCUUACCAUAGUACAAGAAUACAUUAUGCAAUUAAGGGAGAUUAUGCAGGAUUUCAAGAGAAUGGAAAACAGUUAGCUCACCCUCAGUUGCAGUAAAUUGCAAAUUAUUUUAAACUGUUAUUGGUUAGAAAAUACUACAGAAUGAAAAAUCAAGUUUUACAUAUGUCUAUAAUUGAAAAUAAAUUGAAGUUUUUGUAUUUAAAGGACAUAUAGGUAAAACUCAAACUAUCACUGAAUGUAUUUCUCUAAUGUUCACAUCUUUGUAAGAUCUACAGCUUGUGUCAACUGUGCUGCAAAAUGGGGCCGCUUAAACCAGUACUAUAUACCAGUCAGUUUAACCUCAGUGAUGGAAAAAGUUCUUGAAACAAGUCAGGGAGGGAAUUCGCAAUCAAGUGUGGCUUCGUGAGAGAAAGUCAAUAUGGAUCUGUUAAAGACAAGUUAUGUGUAACUAGUAAACACGAGGAAAUCUGCAGAUGCUGGAAAUUCAAACAGCAAUACACACAAAAUGCUGGUGGAACACAGCAGGCCAGGCAGCAUCUAUAGGGAGAAGCACUGUCGACGUUUCGGGCCGAGACCCUUCGUCGGUACUUCAUUGGAAUUGCAACAAGAGUGUGUGAUCAAGUGAAACACAAGAGGCUGCAAACACUGGAAAUAAGUUUGAUCUUAGUGAUGGAAAAAAUUCUUGAAACAAGUCAGGGAGGGAAUUCGCAAUCAAGUGUGGCUUCAUUAGAGAAAGUCAACAUGGAUCUGUUAAAGACAAGUUAUGUGUAACUAAUAAGUUUUUGGUGCUGGAACAGAAAGAGUCAUAUAUGAAAUAUGGUUGCUGAGGUAUAAAUCGACAUUUGACAAGGUGCUGCGUAGUCGGCUUUGAUUGACGGUCAUGGAAUAAAAGGGGCUGUAGCAGCACGGAUAGAAAACCAGCUUAGUAUCAGGAACAGACUAGUGUGGAAAAGCUAUUCUCCCAGACAGGAAGAAAUUGUCAGAGGAGCUCUUGAAGGGUCAGACACUUAAGAUCAAUGCACUUCAUAAUGUAAAUGAUUUGGAAUUGUAUUUGAACAACACAAUUCCAAAUUUGCAAAUAACAUGAAACUUGAACAGCGAAGAAUAAAAGGACAAGCCAGAGCAAACAUGUAUAUACAGAUGAAAUUUAAUGCAGAAAAUUCUGAAGUCUUGUGCUUUGGUAGGAAAAUGAGAAACAAACUAGAUCGAAAGGCAUCAUAUGAAGAAGUUACGACAGAAAUCAAAUAAUCGGCAUAGUUCAUUGGAAGUGCCAAGGCAAGGAAAGUGAUUUUGAACAUAGUAAAAAUCCACAUUUUUAUAUAGAAUCAUAUAAAUUUUAAAGAAAUAUUUACUACUAUUUAAAAAAAAUCUGUAUCUGUAGUCUCCACCAAGCCCCCAGCAGCACAUUCCAGGCACCCUCCACUCCUUGUAUAAAAUAUCUGGCCUGCACAUCUCCUUUGAACUUCUCUCUUUCAUCUUAAAUACAUAUGCACGAGUGAACUUCUGUCAGUCCUUCCGCUCAGCUUGCAAUGCUCCAGACAAAACAACCCAAGCUUCUCCAACCCCUUCCUAAAGCAUUUGCCCCCUAAUCCAGGCUGCAUCUUGGUAAAACUGUUCUGUGCAUAAAGAGCAAAGGAAUUUGUCACGAUCAAUACUGGUUUAGCCGCAGCUGAAGAAUUACGUCCAGUUCUAAUGCAUUUUAGAAUAGAAUGUUAAAGUUUUGGAGGGAGUGCAGACAAUUCCAGUGAUGAGAGACUUUAUGUGGAUAGAGGGAAAAAGCUAAAGUCAUUCCCUUGGAAUAACAGGAAUCUGUGAGGUGGUAUAUAAAAUUAUAAAAGGUAUAGUUAAGAGUAGAUGGAGAGAAACAGUUUAUUUUGCUAGAAAGCCUAAGAGCUAAGGGAUUAAAAGAACAAUGAUAAACAAUUUUUUUUUACACACAAGUGUGUUUUAGAGUUUUGAAUGAACUGUCAGAGUGCAGUGGAGGUAAGUUAAUUGUUGCUAUCAGAAUGGAGCUGGAUAGAUAUCUGAAAAAGGAAAAUGUUUUGGAAAUAGCAAAUGUUUAAUAUUACAAGUAAAUUUAUCUGAAAUGGUUUUUGAUAGUCAUGUAUAAUUAUCACAGCAAAAUAAUUCAAAAAUUGAUGGUGCAGUUUUGGUCUUAUUAUCUUAUAAUGGGCACUUUCCACAUGAAGAUUAGUGAAAAUCCUAUAAUGGCAGUUAGUGCAAUAGAUUUAGCAAACUGGACUUGGUAUGCACUCUGCGUGGAGUUCACUUUAGUUGUAUGAAGUGACGCAAGUUUCUUUUUGCUUGUUGAAGCAAUUCCUGAUUAUACGAUGUAGGGCUUGCAGGGCUUUUAUUUCCCCUCAUCAAGGCUACCAGACUGAGGCAACUGUAUUCAUUGCAGAAAUGACAUAUUGUGCCACCUGUCCCACACCCCUCCUACAUUGCUCCACCCCCACCAUGCCUAACAUCCUUUGCACCCACCAGACUGACAAACUUCCUCUCUCUCCGCUUCACAUUGACAAGUACAGAACUGUGCAAAAAUAAUAGCCAUCGAACAAAUCAGAGAAAAAAAACACAAAAGCAUUCUUGAAACUUUCCAUAGCUCUCCUCAGUAACUUCUGAAAACUUGGGAUAAUCAUACAACAACUUUUACAUACUCCAAGAACUUUAAAUUUUAGCUAAAAGUGGAUUCCUUCACCAUCAUCUUUGUAAUGUAAUAUUUCAGAGAUUAUGUAACUGGUGUGUUAUUAUUUGAUGAAAAGGCUGGGUGAUGAAAGACACUAAACAAUUGUUAUGAUUAAAAUAAUGUGAAUGUUGAAAUCAACAUGGUAAACCGGUAGCAAUCUCAGUUGUGGAUUUAAGUACUAAACUUAAGCCGACAUCAAUGGAAUGCUUCUUUAUUGCAGAUGAAAGCCAUUGGAUGAAACAGUCAAUAAGUAUGUCUUUGUAUCUUGGUAGAUGAAAAACAACUUCAGCAUAUGCCAUUAGUCAACCAGCAUUUCCUCUUCAGCCACCAUCAGAUGAGUUAUUCUCAAUUAUCAGUGGUAAUAAGCUGUCAUAUUCUUGUACGGUACUGAUAACUCUCCAUGCACAAUCAGUUUGAAGAUGUCUGAUACCAUGUUUUAACCACAAUAAACAGGUUUUGUUGAAAUUGCCAAACUACUUUCAGCAUUAUUUUCAUUCUUUAUUUUACUAUUAUGGUCAGCUAAAAAUGCAUGAUUUUACAAUUCAGAGAGAGAAUUUCAUUCUAAUUAUUAAAAUAUGGAGCAGGAUCUCAGAGUUUCACUGUCUAUUCCAAGGUUCCAAUCAGAAUGGACUGUCAGUUAUAGAAAGUGCAGAAAUUUGCGCAUCAGAAGGAAUGGAAUCUCUUUGAAUCGCGUGGCAAAAUUUUGUAGCUGUCUCUCAUUGGAAUGCUUUUAGCAUUACACCAAGGAGAUUGCCUUUUGGAUCCUACACUAGGGCAGAAUCAAAGACCCUGCUGAAUUCUUUGUGUUUGAAAUUAUUUAUGUUAUUUUAAAAUUAACCAGAACAUAAAUAUUUCCAGCAGAUAAAUUUAAGAAUU